AUCUUGCCCUUCUCCCGAAGGACUCAGGGCAGUGAACAGCCAAAAUUAAAAUACAUACAAUAUAAAAUUUAAAAUAUGCCUUGUAUACAAUUGAAGGGGUAUUACUUUUACCCCACUGCCUUUCCUUCACUGUUGCAUCAGUUUUGAACCUUAGAGGCAGAAACAGAAAUUGAUUGCAGUCUAACAUAAGCUUCCUGGCAGAAAUGCAUCAGUCAAGACCAUUAAUGCACCAAAAAUACCAGGGGCCACAAUAUGAAAGAUCCUUUCAAUUACUUUUAGCAGCAAAGGACAGAAAGAAUUCCGCCACUAAAUUUGAUUCUUCCUUCUAAUCUAGAAAAUGGUACAGCAUUAUCUAAACAUACUCUUUAACAUGCAUAUGGCUGUUUUAUAAAAACAACACAAAAAUGUUGAUAUUUGUUAGAUUUAUAUCCCACAUUUUCUCCAGAAGCUCAAGGUUACACACAUGAGGGAGUCUAGUCAUUUUAUACUCAAGCUGAGGGAAGACAAGCGGCCCAAAGUCAUCCAAUGAGUUUCUAUAAUUCAAAUGGACUAGAAUCUGGAUUUUCCCAAUACUAGUCAAUACUUUACUGAUUACACCAGAAUCUGGGCCCUUGGUAGGACAAUGUGCUAUAAGUAUGUUAAUUAAAAAUAAUCAAUUUGUGAUUGAAUAUGUAAUGAACCAGGCCAAUAUCUAUCCUCAUAUCCUGCUAACCAAUAAAAUAUUUUAUUAUUUUGAUUUAGUGUAUUCUCAGAAAUUAUAGUAAUAAAUUACUAUACCAUAAAUUGCUGGCUUCCUGCUUUUUUAUAUUGCUAUGCUUUUUACUUUCAUAGUUCUGUUAAUCCUUUCACAUUAUUGUAUGCAUUAUACUUUUAACAUUUUGUUUUCAAUUUUAUAAUUAAAAAAAAAACCAGUUGAUUCACUGUCAGCUAUCCAUGGUUGCUAAUGAACAGUCCUGUCUUCUGUUGUCUCACAUGUGUUUUGUCUCAGAUACGUCCGCAGCAUUUAUAGCUUUUAUAGCUAUUCCAGGGGCAGAAACAAGGGCAAAACAGGUUUUCUGAAAAUUGAAAUGGAUUAAAAAUUACUUGAGUACAAUAUUCCAGGAUUGGCUAUCUGGACUUGCCAUAUUAAAUAUAAAAAAUGAGUGAGCUAAAAAAACUUAACCAGUUUCAUCUUUUACCUUGAGCAAGAAUAAUUAAUGAGUUUGUUUCUAAUUAUAAAAUAAAAAUUUCAUGUUUGUAUGAUAUACAUUUAUAAUGCUUCAUAUGAAAUAGUAUUUAUUUGUUGAGGGUGGAGUGAAUUCUAGAGCUCAUUUGCCUUUUCCUUCACUUUUGAAACAGUUCCUGAAUUUUGCAAUGCUAUAAUUCCCAGGGCUCUGACCUAUUUAGAAUUUUUAAAAGAUUUAGAAGAUUUAGAAUUCUUAAAAUUAGAAGAUUUAAAAUAGGGGAUCUUAGUAGUCAGACAACUUUAGUGUAUAUCAUUGCAAUGUUGGUAUAAGAAUCCAGUUCUUUUUUUUAUACCAAAUACAAUCUGAGGAAAUUAAUUCAUGAUAUAAUAGAAUGCAAAUAAAUGUUCUAUCAGCCAGUCCCGGGACAUGUGGCAGCAACUGUCACCUAGAUAGAUUUCAGAAUAUAGUUCCACAGGCUCCCUGCUGUGAAACCCUCUGGUUGAAGUUGGGCUCUAUGUAGCCCUUCAACUGUUACUACUAUAGUGACUUCCCUGAUGCACAGAAGCAUUUCUGCCUAUUUUGUCACCUUGGUUGACAAAAGCUAGUUCUUGGUAACUUCAAACUGCAUUGGUGAUGUAGAAUUUGGAGCAUUCAUGGCAACCAUUGACUUGAGCAUUGGAGAUAGCAUAUUGGUUUGGGCUUUCUGUUAGGGUAGUGUGAUAGAAUGUGCACCUGGAGAAGCCAUGGAUGGAGUCUUGGCAGAGCUUUCUCAUGGUAGAGCCAGUUGUACAUUCCAAAGAGAAGCCCAAAUUAAGAGUCUGCAGUGCUGAACUAGAUGGGGAAGGGGAGGAAGAUGUUCAGCCACAUCCUAGGAUCUCUCAGGAUACAUCUAUUAGAGUGGAUGGAUAUAGCUUUAAUUUGGCAAGAUUCUGUCCAUUACAUGUAAGCAAAUAAAAGAUUGGAUUCAAUUGGAUUUCAUUGUGUCAUCUUUGAGCUUGAGCAUGACAAGUAGUUGCACUGGGAGCUGGUAAUGAAAGAUAUAACUACUAGUCUCUUGUUAUGGUUGGGUCACUCUAUGACUGCUUUCUCUUUGCUGGUUAGGGUUCCAGAAGGGUUUCAGAAGGAUGGGUUCCAGAAAUUGCUUGGCUUUAUCCUGAGUUUUCAGUGGAUAAUUCAACUGAGCCCCUUGUUGCACUCUAAAAUAGGCAUGUGAGGUGCAAUUUAGAUUGGAUGGUUCCUAUGUAGCUUCUCACUGUAAUCAAUCCUGGGGUGUUUCUUGGUUUUCUGAGAAACUCCAGCAGAUGAAACAGCAGAAGAGAUGCCUAGAGUAACACUGGAGAAAGAUAAUACCUACAGGUUUACUACAGGAAGAUGACAUACAGGAAGAUGCUGCAAUGUUGUGACAGAGAAGUCCCAACUUUAAUUCACUUUAAAAGAGAGGUUUGAAAUUUUCUGGGCAAAGAAUUAAGAACAUCCCACCUGCUCAGGUUUAUACUUCAGCUGAAAUUAUACCUAGAGCAAUCACCUGAGCCUGACCUAAGUUACACAUGCACUUGCUUCCUUGCCAGAUCAUUUGUAAUGAAUGUUGUGGAGAAAGCUGUCUUUGAAUGGCAGUGUUCUCUUCUGUAAGCACUACCCUUUCUUGCAACACCCUCUUCUGGAAACCGGAAGUGCUGUAUAGUAUUCUGUGAGCUAAGUGAAACAAGUAUCAAAGUUCAACAACUGGGCGUGAGAAGGAACUUAAAACUGCUACAGAUUGGUAACAUUUUCCCUAACAGCUUCUCAAAACAGGAUUACCAACCAUUUCUGCUGCUGUAUUUGAACGUUCAGAAUAAGAGUUAUGACCUGCAGUCAAACCAAGUUAGCAUUCAUUAUUCAGAGCACGAGUAGAAUUGAUUAGAUUUAGAUUGGAAGAACCAUCUGCUCUCACCAAUGGAUUUUUUAGAGAAUAACCGUGAACAGCUUAUUCAAAGAAUGGAGAUGGCAACUGUCAAAAAAAUUGUAGAUUGUCUUUUUGCAAAAUCUGUUUUGUCAUGUGAAGAAAAAGAUAGUAUCCUUUGCCAAAAAGUAAGGCAGGAUGCGUCAAGAAAAUUGACAUGCUCCAUUUUGGAAAAAGGUGAUGAAGCCUGUGGGAUUUUGGUGAGAUCACUGGAGAAAAUCGAUUUUUUCCUUUUUAAGAAACUACAGGGAAGCCAUACAGAUGGGCAAGUUACACAACAAGAUGUUGAUUACUUAGCUCAGGAUUUAACUAAUUUAUAUAGGAAUCCAUCCUUUGAACGUUUCCAUCCACUGGGUGAAGAAAUUGAUAUCAUUUUUGAUUUGAAGAACACCUAUACAGAUAUCUUGCUUUGGAAGAAAGAUAUCCAUAAUUCCCGCUUGGUGCAAAUGACUUUAAAUGCUCUUUUAGAUAACCUUGAAAGUCCCUGUAUCAUAGAGGGGGAAGCUGGGAAAGGAAAAACAACUCUCCUCAAAAAGAUUGCUUUACUCUGGGCUAAUGAAGAUCAUCCUUCUUUGAUGAGAUUCAAGCUUGUCUUCUUCAUCAGCCUGAGUGGGGUAGAGGCAGGACUAUAUGAGACCAUAUGUGAACAGCUUCUUAAGAAGAACUAUAGAAUAUGUAAAGAAGACUUUAUGGAGAUAUUAGAAUUGCUAGCAGAAAAAGUCCUUUUCCUUUUAGAUGGGUAUGAUGAAUUCAAGUCCCAGAGUUGCCCAGAAAUAGAAGCACUGAUAAAAGAAAGUCAUAAAUUCAAGAACACAGUUAUUGUUACUACAAGGACUGAGUCAAUUCGAAAACUGAGGCUGUUUGGGUCACUGAUUGCUGAGACAGGCGAUCUAACCAUGGAAAGUGCAAAAACACUGGUUAAAAAUGUUUUGAAAGAAGCCACAUUAGCUGAGGGCCUGCUGUCUCAAUUGGAGAGUUUAGAUUCCACUUUCCAGAAUUCAGGGACUCAGCUGGAGAACCUUAUGAGGACCCCUUUAUUUGUGAUUAUUGCUUGUGCCAUCCAAAUGGGAGAAUCCACUUUUACUCCACAUACACAAACCACUCUGUUCUCCACCCUGUACAAUUUGUUGGUAGGGAAAAACAAGCACAAGAUCAGAGGGACAAGUGACAACCAUUUUCGGCUCAGCCUAAUUCACUGUGGAAAUUUGGCUUUGGAUGGAAUCUUUGAGCAAAAAUUUGUUUUUCAUCCCGAGGAUUUUUCCAGUGUGAAAGAAAAAGUGCUGUUAUCUAUGGGCCUUAUGCACAAGUACACAGCUCAGAGACUAAAAGAAGCAUAUACAUUUUUUCACAAAUCGUUCCAAGAAUAUAUUGCAGGUCGAAGACUUUCCAGACUAUUGAGAUCCAAUAGGGAUGAGGAAGUAACCAGAGGAUUCGAUUAUCUCCAAAGGAUUAGCAGUUUCUCGGAUAUAAUUACUACUUAUCACAGUUUACUUUUGUAUACCUGUGGAUCGUCUUCUGAAGCCACCCAAAAAAUUAUCAGCCAUUUAUCAGCCAUUCAUCAACAGGGUAGUCUUUUUGGAUUGCCUUUUGCUCGUGAUUUAUUUCCAGAAGAACUCAAGAAAUAUGAACGAAUUGCUGAAGAAGAAGAAGAAGGCUUAAUAGCAACUCGGGAAAAUUCAUUUGUGGAGUGUGCUAUUAGAUUCCUUUAUGAAAGCAUCUCUGAAACAACUGUAAAGAAGGAGUUUGAGGAAUUUUUCCAUGAUAAAAAAUUGUACAUCAAUACCCAGAGCAUUCCUAUCUAUGUCUCUGGAUUUUUUGACUACUUUUCUAAUUGUGUAAGUAUGUUAGAAGUCAUCAAAUUAGACUUUUUUGGUACUUCAUCAACUACAAGGACAGCAUGGAAAACUGUCAUCCCCGAAAAGGCAGUGUCCUUGUUCUUCAACUGGGAUCGAAAGCUCAAAGGUUUAGAAAUUACCUUAAAAGAUUUCAAUCAAUUAGAGAAGGGUGAUGUUAAGUAUCUGGAAAAAAUAUGUUGUUCUGCCUCAAGUCUGAAACUGAUCAUCAACAAAUGUCCUGGCCUCACAGGAAAGUUGAGGGAAGUCCUCAAUAGCUGUACAAAUCUGCAGGAUCUUACUGUAGAGUCCACACCCCUUAGCAUGGAAGAUGAGCAACAGAUAACCGAAAUGAUGGUACUGAAAACUAUAAAGGUAAAAGACCUGCAGAAUGAAAACCAGCAUGGGGGUCUUCUUGAUGGAAUAUCUAUCCUCUCUAAUGUGGAAAAAAUUAUAUUUGAUAAUGUCAAGAUGAACGAGAAUGCUGCUGGCAAAUUAGCUGAAGGCUUAAAGAAUUUGAAAAAGUUGAAUUCACUGCAAUUGAAAGAGCUUCCAAAUGUUGGAGAUGGAAUGAUAAGUAUAGUAAAAUCAAUAUCCUUAGAUCUUCAAGAACUAGAAGAAAUUUGUUUGGUUAACUGCUGCAUUUCUGCGACUGCUAUAGAAAUUCUAGUUCAGAAUAUUUGCAAUUUGCGCAAACUUUCUGCACUUGAUUUAUCCAACAAUUUUUUGGGAAAUGGAGGAAAAGAAGCUGUUUGUCAAUUAGUUGAAAGCUUAAAUAGCCUACCAAAAAUGAAAAUUCUGAUGUUUCCUUGGGUGGAUGAAGUGAAUGUUUGCCUUGUUAAGUUAGAAGAGUUAAAGAGAAUGCCACAGUUGACCAAACUUGGGCUAAAGAAAUGGAGAACUACCAACUCUGAUGCCAGAAUUCUCAGUACUCUUUUUGCAAAAGCAUCUUUGGCAGACCUCCAGCAUCUGGACAUGGCAGAGACUUGCCUGACAAGUGAGGGGUGGCUCACUAUCUUGAAGGCAUUAACUCAUCUCAAAAAGCUGACAUUUCUAGACUUCAGCCAAGAACAAGGCUUUACGCCCUCUGCCCUGUUAGUCUUGGCACUGGCCCGCCUGAUAAACCAGUUGGUUUCUUUACAAGAGAUUGAUCUGACUGGCUGGCAGUUUGAUACCCAUGAGCUGAAAGAAAUUAACAAAGCAAAGGAAAGUCAUAGGAAUGGGUUGCAAGUAAUAGUUUCUUCAAUCAAGCCACUUCUGGAUACAACAAUUUGAUCAUUCCCAGAGCAGUGGUGAAAUCCAAUUUUUUUUACUACCGGUUCUGUGGGCGUGGCUUGGUGGGCAUGGUGUGGCUUGGUGGGUGUAGCUUGGUGGGCGUGGCAGGGGAAGGAUACUGCAAAAUCGCCAUUCCCACCCCACUCCAGGGGAAGGAUACUGCACAAUCCCCAUUCCCUCCCCACUCCUGGGGGAAGGAUAUUGCAAAAUCUCCAUUCCCACUCCACUCUGGGACCAGCCACUCGUGGACCAGUAUUUGCCGGUUCUCCGAACUACUCAAAAUUCUGCUACCGGUUCUCCGAACUACUUAAAAUUUUCACUACUGGUUCUCUAGAACCUGUUAGAACCUGCUGGAUUUCACCCCUGUUGCAGAGCCCUAAUGGAGUACACUUCUAAGUAUCUGGACCUUAAUAUGAAGAAUUUACAGAUGGAAAAGACUUAUAGAUGAGGGGGAAAAAACCCAGAAUAUAAACUUGAAAUCAGAAAAAAAUGUGAAAUAUAUGUAUUUUGAAAAAACACAAACAGGCUUUUUAAAAAUGUGGAAGGAAAGCUGGUGUUAUACAAGUUCUCUUUAUCUGGAUUUUAAUAUAUAGUAUUAUUAUGUAUAAACAAUUACAUUAUUCUUUGUUUUGUUUUUUUAAUAAUAGGAGUGAAUCUAUUUUGAAAGACAAAUCUAAUAUUGUCAGUAUAAACAAGAUUAUGUCUGCA